AUGGCGGCCGCGGUGCGGGCGGUCGGGAGCCUGACGCGCUUCACGGCUGCUGCCAAGUACUGUCCGCGCCGCCGCGCCGGCCUCGCAGCUUAGUUCCAGAUCACAAGAGGCCUGGCCUAUGGAGCCACCUAUGGACGCUGUUGUCCCCACCUCCAGCAGCAUGCAAUCUCCUGGUUAUGCCUGCCGGAAUGUUGCCAGCUCCUCUUCUCUUCAGGCUAGAACUCAUGUUAACUAUGAUGUCAAAGGAGAUGUUGCAGUUGUACGUUUCAACUCACCAGAUUCAAAGGUCAACACUCUGUCUAAACAACUGCAAUCAGAGUUCACAGAGGUAAUGAACGAAAUCUGGGCCAAUGAGACGGUCAAAAGUGCUGUCCUAAUCUCAGCAAAGCCAGGCUGCUUCAUUGCUGGGGCUGAUAUCAAUAUGAUCGAAUCCUGCAAGACUGUUCAGGAAGUGACGCAGCUUUCUCAGGAAGGACAGAAGAUGUUUGAGAAACUUGAAAAAUCUCCAAAGCCCAUAGUUGCUGCCAUCAGUGGCUCCUGCCUGGGAGGAGGACUAGAGGUUGCCAUCUCCUGUCAAUACAGAGUAGCUACAAAGGACAAGAAGACAGUGUUGGGCACACCCGAGGUGUUACUGGGGCUACUGCCGGGUGCAGGGGGCACUCAGAGGCUGCCAAAGAUGGUGGGACUUCCUGCUGCCUUUGACAUGAUGCUGACUGGGAAGAACAUCCGUGCUGACAGAGCAAAGAGGAUGGGGCUGGUUGAUCAAUUGAUUGAUCCACUAGGACCAGGCACCAAAAGUCCAGAAGAACGAACAAUUGAGUACAUGGAGGAGGUAGCGAUUGACUUUGCCAGAGGACUAGCCAAUAAGACAGUGUCCCCCAAAAGGGAAAAGGGGCUGGUCCAGAAACUGACAGACUAUGCCCUGUCUGUUCCCUUUGUGAGGCAGCAGAUCUACAAAACAGUGGAGAAAAGGGUGCAGAAGCAGACAAAAGGACUCUACCCUGCUCCCCUGAAAAUCAUUGAGGUUGUAAAGACUGGCCUGGAGCAGGGGAGUGAAGCCGGCUAUCUCGCUGAAUCCCAGAAAUUCGGUGAACUUGCAAUGACUGCAGAAUCCAAAGCGUUGAUGGGCCUCUACCACGGGCAGGUGCAGUGUAAGAAGAACAAGUUUGGGGCACCAAAUCAAGAAGUCAAGACCCUGGCGGUUCUGGGAGCAGGGCUGAUGGGAGCUGGGAUUGCCCAGGUGUCUGUGGAUAAGGGGCUAAAGACCAUUCUGAAGGAUACGACGCUGCAGGAUCUAGGCAAGGGACAGCAGCAGGUCUUCAAAGGGCUCAAUGACAAAGUGAAGAAGAAGAGCCUGACCCCUUUUGAGAGGGACAUGAUUCUCAGUAAUAUGACGGGGCAGCUGGAUUACAAGGGCUUCGACAAGGCCGACAUGGUGAUCGAAGCUGUGUUUGAGGACCUCAGCGUCAAACACAAAGUGCUGAAGGAGGUGGAAGCGGUGGUCCCUCCUCACUGUAUCUUUGCCAGUAACACAUCUGCUCUCCCAAUCAGUCAAAUUGCUGCUGCUAGCAAAAGGCCGGAAAAGGUGAUCGGCAUGCACUACUUCUCCCCAGUGGACAAGAUGCAGCUGCUAGAAAUUAUCACCACGGACAAGACCUCCCAGGAUACAGCUGCCUCCGCUGUAGCUGUCGGCCUCAAGCAGGGCAAGAUCAUCAUUGUAGUCAAGGAUGGACCAGGUUUCUAUACCACCAGAUGUCUGGGGCCAAUGCUGGCUGAGGUGGUCAGAGUUCUCCAGGAAGGUGCUGACCCCCGGAAGGUGGACGCCCUUUCCACAGGGUUCGGCUUUCCCGUGGGUGCCGCCACCCUGAUCGACGAAGUGGGCGUGGACGUGGCCGCGCACGUGGCGGAGGAUCUCGGCAAGGCCUUUGGCCAGCGCUUUGGGGGCGGGAACGUGGAGCUGCUGAAGCGCAUGGUAGAGAAGGGCUUUUUAGGCCGCAAGGCAGGGAAGGGUUUCUACGUGUACCAGCAAGGUGUGAAGAACAGGAGCGUGAACUCCAGCAUGGAUGAGAUCUUGGCACAGUUCAAGGUGCCCUCCAGGCCCGAGGUCUGCACCGACGAGGACAUCCAGCUGCGCUUGGUGACGCGGUUUGUGAACGAGGCGGCCAUGUGCCUGCAGGAGGGGAUCCUGAGUAACCCAGUGGAAGGAGACAUGGGGGCUGUGUUUGGCCUGGGCUUCCCGCCGUGUCUGGGAGGCCCUUUCAGAUACGCAGACUCGGUCGGAGCCAAGCAGCUGGUGGACAAGCUGCGGAAGUAUGAGGCCGUCUACGGAAGCCAGUUCACGCCGUGCCAGCUGCUUCUGGAUCACGCCAAUGACCCGAGCAAGAAAUUCCAUCACUGACCGUGUCCACAUGCCUCCAGCCAUAGAUACACUCGCAGCCAGAGGCUGGGGAGAGCCUGCUCCAGCCAAGCUGCUCCAUUCUGUCUGGUCCCCUCAAAGCUGGGGGGCCGGGAACUCUGGAGGAUUGUAGCCCUUCAAGUGCCUUAGCAGCUGCUGCAUCUCGGGCACUCGCUCGCCCACUCGUCCCUGGCUGGUUGGAUGUUGCACCUCCCGUCUGAAGAUGGAAGAGGGUUUUUUGUGUUGUCUCAGCCCAGUGCACCGUGCCCUCCAGAGCCUCCGUCCAGCGGGCGUUAGCCGCCUGGCCAUGCCCAGGACAGGUGCUCCCCGCCACGGUUCAUGGCAAAUGUUUAACAAUAAACCACCAAUCUCUUGUU